AUGCUGGAAGCCAGACUCGAACAGGCGCAGCUCCUGAAGAAGGUGGUGGAUGCCAUCAAGGAUCUCGUCCAGGACUGCAACUUCGACUGCAAUGACUCCGGUAUCGCGCUCCAGGCCAUGGACAACUCCCACGUCGCGCUGGUAUCCAUGAUGCUCAAGGCGGAAGGCUUCUCUCCCUACCGCUGCGAUCGCAACAUCGCCCUCGGCGUCAACCUGGUCUCGUUGACCAAGGUCCUGCGCGCCGCUCAGAACGAGGAUAUCCUCACCCUCAAGGCCGAGGACGCGCCCGACUCGCUGAACCUCGUCUUUGAGAGCUCGCAGAACGACAGAAUCUCCGAGUACGACCUCAAGCUCAUGGACAUUGACCAGGAGCACCUCGGUAUCCCUGAGACAGAGUACGCCGCCACCAUUGCGAUGCCGUCGGCCGAGUUCAGACGGAUUUGCACAGAUUUGAUGGCCAUGUCAGAGUCUGUCACAAUCGAGGCCAGCAAGGAUGGCGUCAAGUUCUCCUGCAAUGGCGACAUUGGUAACGGUGCCGUCACACUGCGCAGCCACCAGGAUGUCGACAAGCCUGAGCAGAACAUAGACAUUGAGCUUACUGAGCCCGUGUCUCUGACCUUCUCCCUCAAGUACCUCGUCAACUUCUGCAAGGCCCAGGCUCUAUCCACCAGUGUGAAGAUCUGCCUCUCCAACGAGGUUCCUCUGCUGGUAGAGUACACCCUGUCUGGUAGCAGUUAUUUGCGCUUCUACCUGGCUCCCAAGAUUGGUGAUGAGGAGUAA